AUGGCAAAUAAAGCGACAUUUAAAGUGUUAUUCGUGCCCAUCUUAACCGAGGGUCACGUCAAUCCCUGUAUCGGUAUUGCGACCCAAUUGAUAGCCGACGGACACCGCGCGGUGUUUACGGCGGACGACGGUUGGAGGCCAAAACUGGCCGCUUAUGGCAUCGAAACGGUAGAGUUGGACAAAAGCGACGGCGCGGACGUUCGGGCGAUCGAUGCGGUCAACAGCGCCUUAUAUAUGUUGUCAUUGGGCAAAAUUGGCGGCGCGUCGGCCAUAGAGAAGGUCCGACUCGAGGCAAACACCGCCGAGGUUUUUACAAAAUACGCCCAAUAUUUGGACACACAGUUGGCCCGUCUGUUGCCCGCCAUUCGGCCCGAUGUUAUAGUUGUGAAUCAGUACGUGUCGGUGCCGGCGGUCGAGUUGUCGGGCAUACCGUGUGUGUGGUGUUGGAGCGCCGGCCCUCUCGUGAUGCUUGACGAUGAGAGGGCACCGCCCGGGGAAUCAGGACUGUCCGCUACAGGAGACCCCAAACUGUGGCACGAAUUUCGCCAAUUGGUUAGAGACGUGAAGCGAGAGAAGUGGCGGGCGUUUAACGAUUGGGUGGUCGGCCGGGGCUGCGAACCGCUGCCCGAACACUGGUUUCAUAACCCAUCGCAUUAUCUUCAUAUAUACGGCUAUCCCUUGGAGUUGGACUAUCAGGACAUCCGGCCGUUGGGUCGUAAUUAUGUCCGUUUUGAUAGUUUUAAACGCACCGAAUGGCACAUGACAUUCGCUGUGCCGCCAGAGUUGGCCGCAAUGCCCGGAGCGUUAAUCUACUUCUCGUUAGGCUCUCUCUGUCCGGUCGACGUGCAAAACAUGCGCCGAUUGGUCGCU